AUGGAAUGCCCCAACACAGAUCCAGAUGCAGACGGCAAAGGUGAUGCAGACAGAGAUGCAGAGUUGAGAGAAGCAGUUGAUCUAUGUGGCAAAAAGGCUACUGAGGUUUGGUGCUUCUACGGCUUCCAAAUAACAAUGGAGAACAUUUACUCCAAGAUGUGCUCACUCCUCAUCGACACUUACAUCAAGGAUUGUCAGAUCGCCCGGAUCUCCAAUGAGCUCUGA